AUGGAAUUGAUUGAUAGAGGUUUUGCAAAUAAUUCUAAACCACUGAUAAUAUCUUCUGAUUUAUUAGUUGAUGACCAAGUGACAACUGGGAGUAUUUCUGGAGGGACGCAUGAUAGAAACGCUUCUAUGGUUCUUGCUUUCCUUGGAAGUUUUGAUAUAUUGGUAUCAUACUAUGUGUGUUAUGAUGACGACAAAGAUUCAACCAUGGUCUACAUACUCUGA